AUGAUAAAAACGUCCCUUCUUCUUGUUUUUGUUCUCGAUUUGAUACUUGCUGACCAUUUCAACGGUGGCACAAUAAGAUGGCGACCUGAAAAUUUAACAGCUACUGGGAGUCCAGUUCAAAUUAUCAUUACUCAAACGUACUCGUGGAGCGCUUCCAAAAUAUAUUGUACAAAUGCAAUGAUAACAAGUCAUUCAUUAAUUGAUGUUUCGUCUUCCAGUUAUUAUACACCUUUAUUAACACAAACAUUAAGUUGUACUGGUACUUGUAAUUAUGGAUCUGGAGGAAAUGCUCAAGGGUAUAAUAAAAGUACACCUGUUAUACCCUACUGUACCGAUACAAAUCCUGUAGUGGGUACAAAUAUUGGUCAACGUUCGGAUACAGAAUUAUUAUAUGUAAAUGAUGAUUUUACAGUUGCUUUUACAUCAACUUCGCCUGUAUCUUGGAUCUCGUUAGUCGGACUGCCCAGUUAUCCAACUUGGUCAUUAUCGUGUAAUAUUGAUUUAAAUUUGAGACCAGAUGGUUAUUAUAAUACUGCACCUGUCGCCAAUAUGAUGUCACCGUUAAACAUACAAAACAAUGUUAAAAAAACUAUUACAAUACCGGCAUCCGAUGCUAAUACGGGCGACACUCUCAAAUGCCGAUGGGCUACGGGCUCAACUGAGUGCGGUGAAGCGUGUCCUCCCACUUCAUUACCAGCCGGUACAGUGUUAUACCCAAAUUGUACAAUUCAAAUUACGGGAACGGUGAAUAAUGGUUAUUACGCUUUAGCAGUAAUGAAAACAUUUGCUAAAAUUAAUUUCAAAUCAAAAAUUAAUCUGAACGAAUUAAUUAAUGUAAGAUUAAUGUAAACAAUUACAAAAAAAUUAAUGCAAAUUAAUCUCAAAUUUGUUUAAAUCAAUUUUUAAUCAAAAGUUAAUGUAAACUAAUUUCCAUGUAAACCGAUUUGAAUUGGUUUGAAUCCAAAUUAGUUCCAACGAAUUUUUUAUUUAAAAUUAGGUUGAAUUAAUGCUUUUCCAAAUUAAUUCCAAAUUCGUUUAAAUUAAUUUGGUAGGACAUUAACUACGAUAAGCCUGAAAAAAUUAAUUCAGAUUAUUUAAACUAAAAAUUGUAUUGAACUGAUUUCUUUCAGAUUAGUGCAAAUUGAUUUAUUCCUAAAUUGAGUUAAAGGAAUUUGGAAAAGCAUUAAUUCAAAUUAAUUUAAAGUUUCAAAUUUGUGUAG